AUGUCGUUAUCCCGCGGCGGCGAGUACGUCGCGCUGGAGGACAAGGACGCGCGGUCGUCGCUGAUGACGCGUCGCGAGCAGGUGCGCGUCGGCGGCGUCGCGCGCGUCCUGUCCCUCCCGUCCCUCGCGUAUUCCGCCACGUUUCACCAUUCAUUCAUCUUUUCGUCCAGAUCUGACAUCCGUCCUCCGUCCCGUCCCACGCAGGCGGAAGCCGUGGACGACAUGGACCGCGAGCUCGGCUCCCCAACCGACGCGGAGUACGACGACGGGCGCGUCAUCGAGCGACCGGCGACGUUCUCCGAGCGCGCGGCGUCCAAGUUCGCGGCGAUGAAAGAAGCGACCAAGGCGGCGAUGUGCAAGAUGAAAAACAAAGCGAAAGAGUUCGCCGCCGUGGGGGGGGGGUCCGCGUCGUCGUCGUCGACGACGACGCCCGCUCACGGCGUGCCGCCGUCGCAGCGCCGGGAGGUCUACGGCGACGAGCGGUUCACGCCCCCGCCGGAGGUGAUCACCCCCGCGAUGCGGCAGGCGCGGCUCGCGGAGCGGCUCGACGCCGCCGCCGCCGCCGCGGAGAUUCUUUUCGAGUGCCGCGUCGCGUCGUCGAGCGGCGAUCGCGGCGACGACGACCACUCCGAGAUGCUGACGCAGCUCAGGGCGACGUGCGAGGAGCACCUGAACGCGCUCGCGUCGGAGGUGGAGUCGGGGGGGGUGGAGCACGAGCAGAUGUUGGCGCGAGCGAUCGAGGUGGCGGAACAGCUGGUCGCGGCGAUCGGCGACGACGAUGACGCGACGGCGACGGCGGAGCCUGGGGGGUCCGUGGAUUCCGGCGUGGAUUCCGGCGGCGGAGGCAGCGGCGGCGGCGGCGCGCCGGCGAUGAUUUCGGUGACACAAGACGCGACGCCGCCGCCGACGCCGCCCCCGCUCGUCGACUUGUUGGCCGGAUUGGACGUCGGCGGACCGCCCGCGCCGCCGCCAGCGCCGGUCGCUCCGAUCGCGCCGGCGGCCGAGGCGCCGCCGCCGCCGGAAUCCACGCCGCAGACGUCCGAGCGGCCGUCGUCGCGGGAGGAGGAGGAGGCGAUGAUCGCCGCGGCGAUCGCCGCGAGCUUGGCGGAGUCGCGGCCGGCGCCGGAGCAGCCCGCGCCCGCGCCGAUCCCUCCUCCGCCCGCGCCCGGCGGCGGCGGCGGCGGCGGUAAUCUCAUCGACAUCUGA